AUGGAGAAUCAAUCCUCCAUCUCUGAAUUCCUGCUCCUUGAAUUCUCAUCAAUUCAAGAACUGCAAAUCGCACAAUUCUGUUUAUUUCUGUUUUUAUAUUUAGCAACCCUAACAGGGAAUCUUCUCAUUAUCUCUGCAGUGGUUUUUGAUUACCGUCUCCACACACCCAUGUACUUCUUUCUAAUGAAUUUGGCCAUCCAAGACAUUGCUUCUGUCUCAGUUCUUAUCCCAAAAUUCAUGAUCAAUUAUCUGUUGAAUAGCAGACAUAUCUCUUAUUCUGGAUGUGUUGCUCAAGUCAUUUUCUUUGUGUCCUUUGUAGGAUGUGAUGUUGCCCUUCUUACAGUCAUGGCAUAUGAUCGCUAUGUUGCCAUUUGCAAUCCUUUGCAAUAUGAACUGAUAAUGAAUAGGAGAGCUUGCAUGCAAAUGGUUGGAAGUGUGUGGGUUACUGGUUUCCUCUAUGGGGGGUUACAUACUGGUGGGACCUUUGUAACUCCUUUCUGCUCCAAUGUUGUCAACCAGUUCUUCUGUGAAAUCCCACAGUUACUUAAGCUUGCUUGCUCUGAUUUAUACCUAGCUGAAAUUGGAGCUGUAAUUUUUAGUGUUCCAAUUCUGCUUGGCAUCUUCAUCUUCAUUAUUGUUACCUAUAUAAAAAUCUUCUCUGCUGUCCUGAGAAUCCCUUCUGUUCAAGGGAGGAAAAAGGCACUGUCCACUUGCCUACCUCAUAUUGUUGUUUUCUCUGUAUUUUUAAUUUUUGUAUGUUUUGCUUACCUUAGGUCCCCACCUCAGAAACCUUCCCACUUGGAUUUGGCAAUUACUAUAAUGUACUCCAUUAUUCCACCCAUGCUAAAUCCAAUGAUCUAUAGCAUGAGAAAUCAGGAAAUUAAAAAUGCUCUAUCAAAGCUAUUAAAUUUCUAA